AUGUUUAGUUUUGUUUCAGUCUUUGUCGGUAAAAUAAGUCAACGUAUAAGGACACUGCGUUUCAAAGCGAACAGCCAAAGCCCUCGAUCUCCCUCUGAAGGAAGCAGUAGAAAACAACUGAAACUGUCAUCAAGGGGUCCAGUGCAAGCUUCCACUUCCACCAAAACCAUCCCCUCAAGAAUGACUUCUGGCGAGGAAUAUAAGAAAAACGUUGCCGAAUUACAGAAGGAAUGGGAAGGGCCUUGUGGGAGAAACGACAUCAGACUCCUUCUGGGCGUGAUGCGCAAAAAUCGGUUGCAGUGGAUAAGGACAAUAGAAGAUGGAAAAACAUCUCCUAUUCUGCUAAACUAUCCCUGUUUUGCACAGGGAGAUUUUCAAAGCGAAUAUCCAACAAUAUUAACAGAAAGUGCUAAUUUACAUUUGUUUUUAUAUUCUGCAGAUUCAGCAGUUGGAUACAAUCCCGAAAAACCUCAGAGUGCUCCCUUGACACCUCGAUCUGUUAGGGUUUUCCUUGCAGGCGACACUUUCAAAUGUGCAUAUGUGUUGGCAGGUGGAGAGUUCAUAUUUACAAACACCGAGAAUGCCUUCAACAGGCUAAUACUUCGCAUGGCUGUGUACUAUGUCUUUGAUAUGUCCUAUCCAGCCAUAUAUUCCCCUCUCUUGUGUAUACUACAACACUGGGUACUAGAGGACCUCUACACUAAGAAGAAAUGUUCUAACUGGAUAAAAUUUUCAAAAGUAUUAAACCAGGCUACACCUCCUGUCUCAGUAGUAAACUGAUCACACAGAGUAAUAUGUAACAUGUUACUCAUGUGUAAGGCGUUUUUGACCCACUGACCAAUGAUAAAUUGUGCUUGUUUGCAUUUUGGUAUGUGUGGGAAUCCACGGACUCAUGAUAAAUUCUGCUUGUUUGCAUUUUGGUAUGUGUGGGAAUCCACGGACUCAUGAUAAAUUCUGCUUGUUUGCAUUUUGGUGUGCAUUUUGACUAACUGGCAAAUUAACUUUUACAUCAUCCCAUGAAAACGUGGGUUUUAUUUGUGUCAAUUUUUUUACAUGUAUAUUAUAUAAGCCACAAUUGAUGAAAGAAGUGUGCUGCAUCAAGCAAUCUAUUGGCUGAUUUCUGAUUUGCUAAAUGCAUUUUGGCCAACCGGUAAACUUUUUGUUGCAACAUUCACUUUAAACAUGAGCCAUCAUGAACGUAACAGACUUGGAUUAUUACAAAUGUCAUUUGGAAGAGCACUUUGUGAUUUUAAUAACCAGAAAUAAAUGUUAAUAAAACUUUUAAAACACUGUUUCCGG